AUGAUUCCUGCCGAGGAUGCGUACAUAACAGUAGAGAAGAGCUGGAAGCAGUCUACACUGCCUCCUUGUUCCGAUAUGUUUCCGUGGGCUCAUGAGUUUUAUGUGAAUUCGCCGAGGCCUUCAUAUGCGGGGUCGGCUAUUAUCUUGAGAUCGAAGACAACAAGAGAUAAGACGAUCGAUAAUAUUGCAAGGUUCAGAGGAUCGGUAGACCUGGCGGACGUGUUUAUGUCAUGGCCUAAUGUGACUGACAUGUCUACAAACGAUAUUUCUUUAGAAGAUGAAAUACUGUCGUUAAAUAUAGGUUUCACCAAACAAAUGGUCGAUCUUUGUAAACAUGCCGGUGUAAUGCCCUUUCUAAAGACAGAUGUUCCAGCAUAUUCCCAAUUUCAUCUAAAGCGUAUGCGAAAUAGAGUGAUGAAUAGACAUCAUUCCGCAAGUCUUUCGAGCGCCAGUUGCCGUUCUUCCAGAUCACCCGAGUCGAACAUAAACCCACUAAGGCGGUUUGAUUUACAAUGCGCUAAAAUGAUUGAAAUAGCACAGCAUAUUUUAGUGUAUUGUUUACAUUUUGAGAAUGGCAGAGACCAUUUGCAAUGCAAAACAUGCCAAAUGGUGACAGAUAUUAUAAAGCUAGCUCUAUUUCACCUGCGAGCUAAAAUCAAUAUAGAGCAAACUGACCUUGGCUAUAAUCAGAUAAUUGACUAUAUAGGGUUUUCUAGCUUUGCUGAUCUUCCAACGGGAUUUUUAGUGGUACCCUUGAAUCAUGUUAGGGAUGUGAUAAUCUCGCAAAACAAUGAAACGCGACAGCAUCAAUUGAUUUCACAAUAUGAUAUAUUGAGAUUUAACAAUUGGGAUAGUGAUUUGAAAUAUCAUGAGAAUAUGGAGUUGGCUAUCUUUACGUCUGCGACCAAUAUUGAUGAUACAAUAUGGGUUGGUAAUCACCAAGACAACGUUAAUUAUAGAAAACAAUUUGCCCUUAGGGAAUUGGGUAAAUACCAAAAACCAAAAACUGUAAUGAAUGCACCCUCUGUGGAUAGAUCAAUAAUUAAUGUAGAUGCAAUAAGUUAUGAUGAUUCUAGUCUUUGCAGUGAAAAGUUGUAUUACAUUCCAAGCAUAGAGGUGCCCUGGAUUUUGUUUAUUAAAUGUAAUGAAUCCUCAUCGUUACCAUCAUCUGAGAUAUUGGAGAAUACAUUAACAUCUAUAUUGAAUGCACAUACUGAUGAAGGUGAAUUCACCCCGAGGAAAAGUAAAUCGCUUGAUUUUCCAUCCAGUGGAUCCAUUGCGCUAGGUCAACUAAAUAUAGCAUCCGUCGAAGUACUCCUUAACACUUGCUACCUAAUAUACCAGGUUUAUGCAUCCACUAAAUUUCAAGCAUUGCUAUAUUGUAGUAAUGGUUAUACAGAGACUUCUCUUCUAUUAAUUGCAUAUUUGAUAUUUUUGUGGGAUAUACCGUUGGAAGAAACGCUACUGAGACUACAUAAAGAGUAUGGCCGGCCUUAUUUUCUUUUCCAUGCGGACUUACAAAUACUAGGCCACCUUCAAUCAAUUUUGCGAGAGUUCAGUCCUAAUCGCAAGUCUAACAGUACCAAAUAUUUAGAAUCGGUCAAGACGUACUUGGUCACGCAAGACCCAAAAGAUCUGUUACGCUUAUCGAUAACCUCUGAGAUGUUUAGCAAUAUAUUCUUAUUCAAACUACCUUCAUCGUCCAACUUUACGAACCUAAAAGGGCCACUACCGUCAAAAAUUCUUGAUCAUCUAUACCUUGGCUCUUUGGAACACGCCGAGAAGCCAGAGCUUCUCAAGAAACUUGGCAUCACCCAUAUUUUAUCUGUCGGAGAGAGGCUUUCGUGGGUAUUUAACCAUGAAAGUAAAAGAAGCAAGUGUGAAGAAUGGUACUCCAAUUGGAAGAUUAUAGAAAAGCAAGGCAUUCAAAUUUGCUGGAUACAAAAUCUAGAAGAUAAUGGUGUUGAUCCUAUCAUAAACCAACUCACACAUGCAUUAGAGUUCAUCGACACCUGCUACAAACAGAAUGGUAAGAUAUUGGUACACUGCAUGGUCGGUGUGUCGAGAUCGGCUACUGUAUGCAUUGCUGAAUGUAUGAAAAGAUUGAAAUGUGACGUAAUGCGAGCAUACCUCUACGUAAGAGUACGAAGAUUGAACAUAAUUAUACAACCUCACUUAAUGUUCAUGUAUGAACUAGAAAAGUGGGCAGAAGAGUACACCGAACAGAAAACACCAAAGACGGAAUGGCAUCUGCUGUGCAGAGAAAUAUCCAAAUUGAAUUGCAAAUAUGACUAG